CGGCUGCAAAAACCGUUUUGUCGCGUCCACUGCUGGCGGCCAGGAAGUCGGGACCUUAACAGUGAACUGCGCUGGGAAAAAGGGGAAGUAUUUGACCAUCGAGCUGCCGGGCGUUUCGGCAUAUGAAUUGCAGAAGUAACGUACUAGUAUGAAUUGCAAUACAAAUUGGCUCAGCAUUACAAAUUGAAUUUGUCAUGCGGAUUUGCCUUAGGGACUAGAUUUGUAAUGCAUAAAUGCAAUUAGUACGAGUGCGAUCGUUUUGCACAGGAUACGGCAGGCGGAGGAGACCAAAUCCGGAUUUUGAACUUGAACGAAGUGAUAUCAUAUGUAAAAACGUCCCCACCCGCCCAUAGUCAAGUUGGGAAAUCUGCAAGAAAAAUCAGCAGUCUUUGACUGUUGCGCAUAACAAGUUUGCGCUCGCUAUGUGAAGAUCCUGUUUAGCUAGUUCAGCAGCAUGACAGAUCUAGCCUAUCAUGCUGAUUGGAGCCUGACAAAUUACGAAACACGACUAGAGUGCUACGCUUCUCAUGCGGCUCCGCAUGAGAAAUAUAAUUCCCAGCAUGAAGAUUUUCAUGACAUUGACAACUAUGGGGUUCUUGGGGCGUUUUUACACAGGAUAAGUGAAGAUUUCCCCGGUCAUACCCUCCUCUCCGGAGUGCAGUCUGUUGCAGCAAAGCACGCAAAAAUACGUGACCACUGCGUACUUGAACGGGCUGACUGCGGCCACCUACGGCUCCGCCCCCUCCUGCCACGCGGUGCCGACGUGUC